GUUGUAUACCAGUUCGCUGGACAACAGGCUACGCCCUGUGGCUCCGGUCUGCCUCCACCUAAUGUGAACAUUGGAGGACCCGUCAGCGGUCAUCAGGUUAUUCUAACACACCCAAUGGGUCAACAGGGACCACCGAUGGGUGCCAAUGUAUUGGCAACUCAACCCCAAUCGUUUGCGACCGCACCUGGCCACUUGAUGCACGGCGCCAGGCAAGCCGUGCCCAUGCCCCUUCCGCACCACCAAACGAAUUCUCAACAGCAAUGUGUCCAGGUUCUUCAACAAAUCAACCCUGGCCCUGACAAUCAUGUCAUGUCUGUGGCUCAGACCACUUCUGGUAGUCCUGCCAUGACGAGCCUGCCCUCUACCAUGGGUCUACAGCAAGGAACUUUAGCUCCUGGCACAACGGCAACCACAGCGACCGGGGCGUCGACCUUCGUAAAUCAGCCACAGGCACCUCCACGACCACCAUCACCCCUCUUCGUCUCCCUCCCACCUCGGACCUCAAGAGUGCUGCACUCCGAAAUUUACCAACGCUACAUCGACCGCCUGCGUCGAAACGCACCGGGAUUGAGUGACUGGAGAAAGCAGCUGGCGGCUACAGUAGACUCGGUGCCCCCCUUAACGCCACAACAGCAGCAACAGAUGGCUACCAACUUCCUCGACACACCGCAUAUACACGCUCACCAGGGCAGUAUUGUCGAGGCACUGUGGAGCCUGCGAGACAACCUACUCAAGGACUCGCUCAAUAUUCGUGUUCGGUGUCUCGGUGUGGAGGAGUUGUAG